AUGGUUGACAUAAAAGAGAUUGAACAGACUUCUCUGUUACUCUCACAGGAAGAUUCGGAAUUUUAUCCAGCACAACCACUCCUUUCUAAGCGCCCAUGGUGCCCUGGACGAAUUUGCCUAUGGCUGCUAGUGCUUGAGAUGACGAACGUGGUGGCAUUUUGGCUUGGCUAUGUAUUUCAUAGCCGGAUUGGACUAGUGGAUAUUGAUGAAUAUGCAUCGUUAUCACGGCAGAACAUAUCCUGGGAUUUCACAGUACCAGAUGCAGUUCUUCACGACAAGCUACAUCCACUUUUCCACUUUUCAGAGUCUUGGAAUGGGACAAGGAAGCAUCAUGGAAUCGUCGCUGUUGAGCGACCAUGGGCUACGCGGCAACGGCUUCCUCCUAGUGCCCCAGCACCUGAGCAGCCAGAUCUGCUACUUUACCAAAUCGACGUCUUUCACGCCCUCCAUUGCCUAGAUCAAAUACGAAUCGAAUUCGAUCAGCCUCAGCCAUCAGCGGGAUACCAUGUUGGCCACUGCAUCGAGCAUGUAAAGAAUAGUCUCAUGUGCAACGCCGAUGUGACACUCAGCGCCCUGGACAAGGAACACUUUUUACAAGCGGAAGCCUCCUACGCUGUUCAUCAAUGCCGAGACUUUGGAAGUAUUGUCCGGUGGUUUGAGGCGCAUGAAUGGAGAGGUCUUACAGAGUGGAUGGCCAAAUUCCAUCAUGACCAUUUACAUAAUUCAGAGAUGUAG